AUGGAGCUCAACAACACCGAGCCAUUAACAGCUAGUAGGGCACAAGCAGCAGCCGUGUUCUUGCUCCUUCCCGUCGCGCUCCUGCUGCUGCUUCUCCGCUUUGCGCGAGCAACGACAAUGGCAGGAGAUCGCAACAGCGAGCUUCUUCUGAGCAAGCUCCCUUCGCCGCCGCUGAGGCUGCCGGUGAUCGGCCACAUGCACCUCGUCGGCUCCCUCCCACAUGUCUCCCUCCGAGACCUCGCCGCCAAACAUGGCCGCGACGGCCUCAUGCUCGUCCACCUCGGCUCCGUCCCCACCCUCGUCGUCUCCUCGCCGCGCGCCGCCGAGGCCGUCCUCCGCACCCACGACCUCGCCUUCGCGUCGCGGCCGCGCGCCAUGGUCCCCGACAUCAUCACCUACGGCGCCACCGACUCGUGCUACGGCCCCUACGGCGACCAUUUCCGCAAGGUCAGGAAGGCGGUCACCGUCCACCUGCUCAACUCCCACAAGGUGCAGGCCUACCGCCCCGCCCGGGAGGAGGAGGUGCGGCUGGUGAUCGCCAAGCUCCGCGGCGCGGCGGCGAUGGCGGGCGCGCCGGUGGACAUGACCGAGCUCCUCCACUCCUUCGCCAACGACCUCAUCUGCCGCGCCGUGUCCGGCAAGUUCUUCCGGGAGGAAGGGCGGAACAAGCUCUUCCGGGAGCUCAUCGACACCAACGCCUCGCUCCUGGGAGGGUUCAACCUAGAGGAUUACUUCCCGAGCUUGGCGAGGACGAAGCUGCUCAGCAAGGUCAUCUGCGUCAGGGCAAUGAGGGUCAGGAGAAGAUGGGACCAGCUGCUCGACAAGCUCAUCGAUGACCAUGCCACCAGGUUGGUGCGCCGCCACGAUCAUGAUCAGCAACAAGACAGUGACUUCAUCGACAUCUUGCUCUACCAUCAGGAAGAGUAUGGCUUCACCAGGGACAACAUCAAAGCUAUACUUGUGGACAUGUUUGAAGCAGGCACGGACACAUCGUACUUAGUUCUAGAAUCUGCCAUGGUUGAGCUCAUGCGCAAGCCACACCUCCUAGCCAAGCUAAAGGACGAGGUGAGGAGGGUCAUACCGAAAGGACAAGAAGUAGUCAAUGAAGAUAACAUUGUCGACAUGGUCUAUUUAAAGGCUGUUAUCAAGGAGACACUACGGCUGCACCCACCAGCUCCUCUCUACAUCCCCCACCUGUCUAGAGAAGAUUGCAGUAUCAGCGGCUACAUGAUCCCUACAGGAAUACGUGUAUUCGUCAAUGCAUGGGCACUCGGUAGGGAUGCUAAAUUCUGGGACAUGCCAGAUGAGUUCCUACCGGAGAGAUUCAUGGAUUCAAACAUUGAUUUUAAGGGACAUGAUUUUCAUUACCUGCCGUUUGGGUCUGGACGAAGAAUGUGUCCUGGAAUUCACUCAGCAACGGUUACCCUCGAGAUUAUGCUGGCUAACCUUAUGUACUGUUUCAACUGGAAGCUACCAGCAGGUGUGAAGGAGGAGGAUAUUGAUAUGACAGAGGUGUUUGGAUUGACAGUGCAUCGGAAGGAGAAGCUCUUCUUAGUCCCGCAAGCUGCCUAAGUACAUGCCUAUACAAGAAUCAGUACUACGUUCGUUGGGGCAAGUUAUAUUAUUCAUCCAGCAAUCACGUGCUAAAUCAAUUAGUGUUACAUGUUGUCGUUAAUUGUUCGUGUAAUAAUAAGAGCUAUUAUUGGCACAUGUCAUUUCACUUGUUUGUAAAACAAAUUGUCCAUGUGGAUCACCCUCCAUUUGUGCUGUUACUUGUAUAAUGUAUACUACAUAUACACCCAAA